AUUCACUGGGCAACCAAUAAUGAUUAGAAGUGAUCCACACGUGCAUAGGUCAUCAGCUCACAAUCUGCCACGUCAUCAUUAACUGCAAAAAGUACCAAAUAGACCGGAGGCUCAGAAGAGCUCCCGCACUGAAACCUCCGUCCCGAAACGUUAAUGGCUUCUCUCCCCGUCACAUGGCCAUUACUCCACCUUCCCGCCACUCCCACUCCAUCACUCUCACCAGUCAAACGAGUCAAACCCAACCCCUUUCCGUCUCACGCUGUUAAUGGAACGCUUCUCUUGCCGUUGACUCGUCCUCGGAGCCGCAAAUGCGUCCACGCGACAAGGGUAAUUACGUCACAGCUCAGGCAGCCUAUCGUCGCUACCGAUGACCAUUGGGGCUUAUGGACCGCCCUGUUCGCCACCGGUGCUUUUGGCCUCUGGUCCGAGAAGACAAAGAUUGGUGGAAUGGUGAGUGCUGCCCUUGUGAGCACUUUGGUUGGGCUUGCAGCAAGUAAUUUUGGCAUAAUUCCCUUUGAAGCGCCUGCAUAUUCCAUUGUCUUGGAGUUCCUUCUACCAUUAUCUAUUCCAUUGCUAUUAUAUAGAGCUGACUUGCGCAGUGUGAUGCGGUCCACGGGGACUUUGCUCUUAGCUUUCGUGCUUGGAUCAGUUGCGACUAUGGUUGGAACUCUCGUGGCAUUUCAAUUGGUGCCCAUGCGAUCACUUGGUCCAGAUAAUUGGAAAAUAGCUUCUGCUCUCAUGGGUAGCUAUAUUGGUGGAUCUGUUAAUUAUGUUGCGAUUUCAGAGGCUCUCGGUGUUUCUCCAUCGGUCGUGGCUGCAGGAGUAGCAGCAGACAAUGUUAUUUGUGCUCUGUAUUUCAUGGUGCUGUUUGCUUUGGCCUCUAAAAUACCUCCCGAGGCCUCAACAUCAACUGAUGAUGUUUCAAUGCAAACGGAAUCCAAUUACGACAGAAAGCUGCCUGUUGUAGAAACUGCCACUGCUCUUGCUACAUCGUUUGUGAUAUGCAAGGCUUCCACAUAUCUCACAGGAUUGUGUGGAAUUCCAGGAGGCAGCUUGCCAAUGAUAACAGCCACUGUUGUCAUAUUAGCAACUCUUCUCCCGACACAUUUCGCUUACCUUGCACCUGCUGGGGAUACCGUUGCUUUUCUUUUGAUGCAGGUAUUCUUCGCAGUGUUGGGGGCUAGCGGGAGCAUAUGGAAUGUCAUUAACACCGCGCCUAGUAUCUUUUUCUUUGCUCUAGUGCAAGUCACCGUCCAUCUUGUCGUGGUGCUUGGAUUGGGAAAACUAUUUCGCUUAGAUUUAAAACUGUUACUUUUGGCGUCCAACGCCAAUAUCGGAGGGCCAACGACAGCAGGCGGAAUGGCCGGGACCAAAGGAUGGGAUUCUUUGGUUGUUCCUGCAAUCCUUGCAGGCAUUUUUGGAGUUGCCAUUGCAACAUUUCUUGGCAUUGGUUUUGGAAUGAUAGUCCUCAGACACUUGUAGAAAAUGAAGAUAAUAUAUUCCAACCGAGCACAAUGACAUUCUAAGAUUCAUACAGCCGACCUCACUUAGUAGGAUAAGGCUUGGUAGUUGUAUCCAAACGGAAAUCUUUGAGCUUAGGAAUAAUUAAUUAAUUAAUAAUGAAUGUUGACCAUCAAA